AUGCCGUCGUCUAAAGGAAAGCCUACCGACCCCAAGAAGCGCGAGGAGGCCAAGAAGGAGGUUCUCAACAUGGAGAAGGGAGGCGGAAAGGGGCAGUGGUCCGCCUGGAAGGCUGCCGAGAUGUCCAAGAAGUACGAAGCCAAAGGAGGCAAAUACGAAGACACUGGCGACAACCCCAACCAAGCAAAGACGGGCGCCCCUUCGCCCAAGAAGAAGGCCAUCGAGAGCGGCGAGCGAAAGGACCCUUCCGAAGCAGUCGGCACGCCCAAGAAGCGCAAGACCGAGGCGAAGGACGAGUCUGCCAAGGAGGAGAAGCCCAAGAAGCCCAGAACCAAAAAGGAGCCCAAGCCGGCCGCCAAAGGCACUCGCGAGCAGCCCAAGCGUGGCGUCAAGAAAUGA